GCCGGGCCGGCGGAGCGGCGGCGGCGGCGGCGGCAGCACUGGCGCUGGCACCGGCCCUGAGCACCAUGCUGCGUGGCGGACCCGAGAGGGAGCUGGAGGCCUGGUGGGAGGCGGAGGCCGUGGCCGCGGCCAAAGCGCAUGAGGCGAAGGAGCAGGUCCGCGUGGACCCGGGCGCUGCUGGGGAGCCGGAGCGCAAGGCGGCGGAGGAGCAGCCCCAGGAGCCGGCCCCGGCGCAGCCCCGCGCGGCCGAGGAGGGCGACGCCCGCGUCCCACCGCCGCCUCCGCCCACGCUGCCCAUGUACCAGGCGAAGCCGGUGUCGGCGCAGGGCCUCUACCCGCACGGGAAGUCCAGGAGCAAGAGCCGUAGCUGCAAGCGGAGCUCGGACCGGUCCGAGGAGUACUGCUCUCCGCGGCCUGUCACCGUGGACAGCUCCAAGGCCAGGACCUCCCUGGACGCCCUGAAGAUCAGCAUUCGCCAGCUCAAGUGGAAGGAGUUCCCAUUUGGCCGACGCUUGCCUUGUGACAUCUACUGGCAUGGAGUUUCAUUUCACGACAGUGACAUAUUCUCCGGUCUAGUGAACAAGUUUCCAGGCAUGAUGGAGACGGUGCGUAAAAUUACUCUGAGCAGAGCAGUAAGAAUCAUGCAGAAUCUCUUUCCUGAGGAGUACAACUUCUACCCUCGCUCAUGGAUUCUGCCUGACGAGUUCCAGCUCUUUGUGGCUCAGGUUCGAAUGGUGAAAGAUGGGGACCCCUCCUGGAAGCCCACUUUUAUUGUGAAACCUGAUAGUGGUUGUCAGGGUGACGGAAUCUACCUCAUUAAAGACCCCAGUGACAUCCGCCUGGCAGGGACCCUCCAGAGCAGGCCGGCGGUGGUCCAGGAGUACAUCUGCAAACCUCUCCUUAUCGACAAGCUCAAGUUUGAUAUCCGUCUGUAUGUCCUACUAAAGUCCUUAGAGCCCUUAGAGAUUUAUAUAGCCAAAGACGGACUCUCGCGGUUUUGUACAGAGCCCUACCAGGAGCCUCACCCCAGAAACCUGCACCACAUCUUUAUGCAUUUGACCAACUAUUCACUGAACAUCCAUAGUGGUAACUUUGUCCAUUCCGACAGUACUAGCAGAGGCAGCAAAAGGACUUUUUCUAGCAUUCUUUGUAGGUUGUCUUCCAAGGGUGUUGACAUCAAGAAGGUCUGGUCUGAUAUCAUCUCCGUGGUGAUUAAGACUGUCAUUGCCCUGACUCCAGAGCUCAGGGUGUUCUACCAGUCGGAUAUCCCCGCAGGGAGGCCGGGGCCCACGUGCUUCCAGGUAACCAUCGCCAGUUCCCAGCCUGAGUUCUUGACCUUGAUGGGCCUUUGGAGGGCUCCCUGGCCUCGUGUGGGAUGA